AGAACUUUCAACACUAUCCACCUCAUUGCCCUUCUCGUUGUCAUCAACAAUAUUUGUGAGAACAGAUGAAGAAAAAGUGAACCUUAUGAGGGCGCUAAUCACUGGGCCGGAAGGCACUCCGUACUCUGGUGGAUGCUUUCUUUUUGACAUCUACUUCCCUCCAAGUUAUCCUAAAGGACCUCCGAUGGUCAGCAUACUUACAACAGGUGCAGGAACUGUUCGUUUUAAUCCCAAUUUAUACAGUAGUGGCAGGGUUUGUCUUUCAUUACUUGGAACAUGGGAGGGAUUCUCUGGAGAGCAGUGGAAUGAAACUUCAACAAUCCUUCAAAUCCUUGUCUCAAUCCAAUCUCUAAUCCUCGUUUCUGAUCCAUUUUUCAACGAGCCAGGAACAGAGAGGGAAAUUGGUACAAUACAGGGAGACAGACAUGGGAAGGAAUAUAACAGAG